GAGCAGGUGCGGGCGGCCCCUCGCAUGCCGCUGCCCGGCCCGAGGUGGUAGCGGCGCCGCGCUCCGCCUGCCCCUCCUCCCGGCCUCACUCGGGCUCCGGAGCGCGGGGACAUGUCGGUGGCGACAGGCAGCAGCGAGGCGGCCGGUGGGGCCGGCGGCGGCGGCGCGCGGGUUUUCUUCCAGAGUCCCCGGGGCAGCGCUGGCGGCAGCCCGGGCUCGAGCAGCGGCUCCGGCUCCUCCCGGGAGGGCUCGGCGGUGGCGCCCGUGGCCCCCGCGGCCGCUGCAGGGCAGGGUCAGCAGCAGCGUCGCCACCAGCAGGGAAAAGUGACAGUGAAAUACGAUCGCAAGGAGCUUCGGAAACGGCUCGUGUUGGAGGAGUGGAUCGUGGAGCAGCUGGGACAGCUCUACGGCUGCGAGGAAGAAGAAAUGCCAGAUGUAGAAAUUGACAUUGAUGAUCUUCUUGAUGCGGACAGUGAAGAAGAGAGAGCGUUAAAAUUACGGGAAGCUCUCGUAGACUGCUACAAACCGACAGAGGAAUUUAUCAAGGAGCUGCUCUCUCGGAUAAGAGGCAUGAGGAAACUGAGCCCCCCACAGAAGAAGUCUGUGUAAUUCUGCCUGGAGACCAAGGAAGGGCCCUGGGACUUGGGAUUCACAAGGACUUUUAUCAAAGAAUAGU